GCGACCAAAUAAGGUCUCAUUUUGAUUACCAUUGUUUAACAUUUAGGCAAAAAAUGUUUCAAGUUGUUCUUGCCUGCUUUUAUUUUUUUAUUACUUGAAUGGCGGAAACUAUCAAAAAAUUGAUUUAUUGCUCGUCGUAUAGCUCUUGUUUUGCUAAUAAUCACUUGUAAUUUGAUCUUAAUAAGAUUAGCAUAGCUCAAUAUUUACUUUAUUACAUAAAAUGUGUCGUAAUCGUGUUGUAAACCUGUACAAAAAAUCUAAUUAAAAUUACUUGUCAGACAAUCAUAUGUUAGUAAUUAGUGAUGUCAGUGUUUGUUUACUAAUGACAGUUUCUGUGAAAAUCUUGUUAUUUUUCAAGAUUUCGUUAUGAAUAUUCCGGAAUCGACUGGAGAGUCAUCGUGUAAACGACAAGAAAAUGGCGACGCAUCAGCAGGUUCUGAUCGCCCACUUAAAAAGGCUCGUUUCGCGUGGCAAGUUAAGGGGAAAUAUCACUUGAAAAAUGGUACUUCUGACCCUGGAAAAGCCUCAAAUGCUACUUCGAACGAGUUAGACAGGGCUAGCUCGUCUUCGGAUAACGAAAACGAAUGUAUUGACGCCGUGGGUAACACGGAACAAAAUUUGGAAAGAUUAGGCGACUACUUAUUGAAACAGGAUUUCAAUACGCUAGACUCGGUUAUCACCGAUUCUGAGAGUUCGUUGUUGAAGCCAAGCACAAGUUUAUCAUCCGGCAAACUGCCUUAUCCUAGAUAUGUGAGCUCAUUUGACAACAGCAGCUCUAACAAUAGCAUGUCCUCCAGUGCAAACAGUCAGGAGAACAGAUCUAUCCCCAUGUCCAUGGUCGUGUCGGCGUCCUACAGUGAGGAUCAGUGUAUAGCGCGGUGGCAGGCCAGACAGAUGGCCAAAGGAUUUGUGGACAAUACAAUAAACCGUGUAUUGGAUUCAUGGAUGGUAGCCCCCCUGCCCACUGACAUGGACAACAACCGGUUCCUGGCCCUGGAUGUCGCAGAGUUCAUCAACAACCUGCCCGGUGACAACAGCAUUGAAAACGAAGGUAUCCUCAUGGCCAUAUCUGCACACGGCUUACAAAACACUUCAAGCUCAAGUAGCAACGAGGACAGUCAGAACGAAGAGCAUGCCUGCAGUUACAUGAGCGUCAAAGAUGACGCCUUCCCUUCACCGCCAAGCAGCCCCAUACGAUCAGAUGAUGGUAUAAGAACUGAACCUGUAAAACUAAAACAGAGUGAUGAUGGUGCCUCAAAUGAACUAGACCUGUCUUGGUACAGUGAUGACAAAAGAAAUAUAAAUAGUGAAACACAAUUUUCUUUCUUCCCCGAGUCUUCCACUUCGUCAUAUCAAUACUUCACUGAGUCGGAGCCGCUUCAGCCGUCCAGUAUUGACUAUGAUGCAAGUGAGAACAUGAACUCUAGUGGUGCUGAUAUCAUGACAAGUCACUAUGACUUCCUAGAUGCUGCUGUUACUUUCGCAAUACAAAACAAAGGACUGACUUCUUUUGGAUCUGAUUAUGGUUAAGUUACACUAAAAACCCCAUUAUUUCGAAAUGUCACAUACAAGCAUGGUAAAUCACUAAAAAAAUUAUGUAAAUACUGGAAAAAUGUAAAAUUGAAGAAUAGUUCAAAACGGCUUUAGAUUUGUCUUCGGAAUUAGAAGUGUAAACUGACAAAUGCAGGCAU